AUGUCGGGCGACGUGCAACCAAGAAAAAGAAAAGACAAAAAGAAGAGGAAAGAUGAUUCCGCGGACCAGGCACCCGCGCCGCCUCAACUACCGCCCCUGAUAAGCCUAAAUGAUGACGUCAACAUACACGUUCACAAAGAAGACGGGACCGGGGGAAAUAUUUGCUCGAAAAUCAUUUUUAUACUCCUAUCAUCUGCACUCAUUGUACUUAUUGGACUUAUAAUCACCGAAUAUAGAGGCCUCACUGACUUGGACACGGUGGAUAAUGAUUCCCGUUACUCACAAUACUUUGAAGGAUGGGUUGACACAACCGCCGAUGACCAUGACGAUCAUGACGACGUAGAAAAAGCGCUUUCACACGAAGAAGAGGAUCACGGCCAACACGAUGAAGAAGAAGAAGAAGAAGAAAAAGCACUUUCACACGAAGAAGAUGAUCAUAAUGACGAAGACGAUCACGAUGAAGACGAGGAUGAUGAAGAACAGGCAGCAUCCGAUGAAGAAGUAGACGCCUCUCAGGAAGACGAGGAUGACGAUGAAGCCCCGCAAGAUGAUGAUGAUGAUGAAAUUGCCCAAGAGGAUGACGACGAAGAGCAAGAAGAUGACGACAACGAUAGUCAAGUGGAUGAUGACGAUGAAGAAAGUCCACUUAGCGAGGAACAACAACAAGAUGACGAUGAUGAUAACGUCAGCCAAGAAGAACCUGCUAAUGAUGACGAUGACGAUGAAGAUGAAGAUCAAAAAGAUAAAUCACCGGAAGUUCAAGGUGAUGAUGAAGAUGAAAAAGCUGUAAGUGAUGAGGUUCAGGACGUGGAAAAUACUGGUGGCGAUGAUGAUGAUGAAGCCGCAGAUAAUGAAAAAGAUGAUGAUGAUGAUGAUGAUGAAGCUAAAACUGUCCAAAUGGAAGAUGAAGCUGAAGAUGUCAAAAUGGAAGAAAGUGACGAUAAGGAAGGUGAUGAAGGAGAAGCUGGAUCUAAUAUGGUGGUUAAAUUGGGUGUUGGCUUAGCCCUACUGGUUGUGGCACAUGUAGUUCUAAUUAAAAAAUGGAAAUCUGCCCCCGAGGAAUCUACCAGAAAGGAUGAAGCCCACGAACCCACGCCCGAUUUAUCGAGAAGAAAUACUCUAAUACCCCCGCCCCCUCUGCAAGAAAUCGAGCACGAUAUAGAAGAUGAUGGAGAAGAAUACUCCGACGAUGAGGAGGAAUAUAGUGAAGAAGAGGCACCGGUGGAAACAAAAUCAGCAAAACUGAAAUAUCAGGAAUUAAGAACAAACUACACGCGCCCUUUUACAUCUGGCAGUGAUGAACCCAAGCCGGAUGAUGAAGAUGAAGAGUAUGAAGAAGAAGGCAGUGAGGAGGAAGAUGAAGUCGAUGAAGAAGUCGAGGAAGAGCAAAGCGAAAAUGAAGAGUUCAACGAAGACGAAGACGAGGAGUUAUUAAAAAGGUUGGAGGAGAAGUACGGGAAAUUGGACGCAAAACAAAAAGGUGAAGAUGAUGAAGAACUCUCGACAUGGGAACGUGUAAAUCCUGAGGUUGCAGACGAAUCGGAUGAUGAAGAGUAUGCUAAUAAAGACAUUACAAAUCCCGACGAUUGGGAGGUUAAGGAAAAAAUUGACGAAGCUCAAAAAUCCAUAAAUAACAACGCUGCUAACGCCAUUAAACUCUUUGACGAUAUCCUACAACAAUUCCCAUCCUCUCCGAGGAGUCUUUACGGAAAAGCGCAGGCGCUAGACGCACUAGCCGACCAAAAACGCAGCAACGAACUUUUACAGAAAGCGCUAGAUCUGUACUUGGAAGUUUUAAAUGAUAAAAAAACAACAAACACUCUAUUUAAAGUUGUUGCCGAGAGGGCCAUCAAAAGAUUAAGAUUCAUAGGUCAAUACAGAAAAGCCAUAUCAGUUCAAAACGCGCUUAUAGAGAAGUUCCCCGAUAUUUCUGAAUACUCCAAUGAACUCGCCGUGACUUAUUUGACAGUCAACAGGAUUCCCGAAGCUAGAGUUAUCCUGCAAAAAGUCCUAUCCAAGUGGCCCAACGACGGCUUUGCUUUGGUACACUACGGUUUCAUACUUAAAACUGUCGAUGAUAAUCUUGUGGAUGGUAUUCAAUUUUUACAAAAAGGAAUACAAACCAACCACAAAGGAGUAAUCGAUGGGAGAUUCUUUUUUCAUCUAGGAGAUGCCUUGACUAGAGUGGGAAAAAAUGAUGAGGCACUAAAGUUAUAUGAACAUGGUGUGAAACAUGGGGUGUUUCUGUCAAAAUACCAAAGAUCCUUGUACAACGUGCCCAGGUUAUCUGGAAAACCGUGGUGGAAUAAAAACGAAACGCCCUACGAUCAACUUUUCAAAGAGCUGGAAUCAAACUGGAAAGAAAUUAAAAGAGAAGGAUUAAACAUACUAAAUCAGAAAGGAUAUUUCCAGGACGAAUCGGAAAAGUUACGCGACAAAGGGGACUGGAAGCAGUUUGAAUUGUACGCUAGAGGGCAAAAGAACGUCGAGAAUUGUAAAAAAUGCCCGAUUACUUGCGGAAUAAUUGAUAGCAAUCCUUCUGCAAGGGGUUGCAAACGGGGCCAGACUAAAUUCAGCGUUAUGCACCCCGGUACGCACGUAUGGCCCCACUGUGGCCCUACAAAUUGCCGAUUAAGAGCCCAUUUAGGCCUUGAAGUACCCUCUAACACCUACAUUAGGGUAGCGGAAGAGACCAGGAGCUGGGAAAAUGGUAAAGUUUUAAUAUUCGACGACAGUUUUGAACACGAAGUAUGGCAUAAUGGCAGCCAAUUUCGAUUGGUUUUAAUCGUAGAUGUAUGGCAUCCUGAACUAACAGCGCAAGAAAUAAAGGGUCUUUCACCCAUUUGA